AUGGACGCCGGGGCUUCCUUGCCUUGCCUGCUAAAAACUAGCGAAAAUCACAAGCUGCAGAAUGGAGAACGAAGCAAAGCUAAGCAUAUACAGAGCUGCAAGGAGCAUAAAGCGAAGACGAAAUUCACUGUACAAUGCUUUAAGAUCAAUAUACGAGGACUCAGUUUUUGUUGGCGAAAUCUCCCAUUUAUGGCCCCAAAUUCCCCUUCUCGUCAACCUUCGUUGCGGUCUCUGGUACUCUCCCAAUUUCCACUCCACUUGCUACUUUAAAUCCACCGACGGUCACACCAACAAUUGGUCCUUCAACACCUCCCGCCUCAACCUCCACGUCGCCCUUCUCGCUGGACAGAAGGAAGGGUGUAUGAUAGUUGAUUCCACAAGGAAAGGAAAGCGGUUUCCGGAUAGUAUGUCCAAAACGAUACCAAUUUGGACCUGUGUUUUGAACCGUUCUGUUUAUAAUUAUCGUUACAGAAUGUGUAGUAAUGGUUUACUUAUGGAGGGGCAGGAGUCAAAUGCUUCUGAAGCAAACGGGGAUAACACAAGGCAGGUUCCGGUAGAUUGGGAUUGUUCCUUGCAUCUUCCUCUCUGGGUUUCAGACAUGGAGAAGGCUGCUGUAAAUGAUCGCUUAGAUGAAUGGGUGAAAGAGUUGGAUGCAAGUGGGGCUGAUAUUGCCUCUCUCGCAUCAUGCUUAAAAAAACCAUUACGACCUCUGUGGAUAUCGCAAAAAUCUGUCAUUUGGUUAAAUGAAGUGCCUGACCAUGAUUCUUGGGACUUCACACCAAUCAUCCUCGUUUCUGCCUCUUCCCCGAGUGGAGUAAUUCAGCAAAGGUCUACCUCAGAGUAUAGCUGGAAUUACAUACCAGGAGCUGGAGAUGAUGAGGAAAGCUGGGCGAGGGGUUUAUCGCCUAAUCUUUUCUGGAAUCAUGUCUAUGAUCUUAUUAACUCAGGUCCUGAUGUCUGUAACCAGAAGGUAGCUGAUAUAGUUGAAAAGGAUAGAGUAUAUCGUGCUCAAAGGGGACAGAUUGCUCCCCAGGUCACUGCAAAGCACCCAAAGUUGUUGGGGAACUCAACUGAUCUUUCUGAUGUAAAUGCUUCUAUAUGUUCAGAUCUUUCAAACUUUAAAAUUGAUUUGAAGUCUUCAGAUGAAGGAUAUGCAAUAUCUUGGCUGGGGUCAACAAAUCUUGCAGUGGGAACAUCACAAAAUGUUGCAAAGGUGUGUACUGUCGAUUGCAUUCUGAAUUGUGAUCAAGAGUCUAUCACUGUCUGCCUUCCAGAUGCUGAUGCAUAUAUGCAUCUUCCCGUGGUGAACUCAAAAUUGGAUCGGUUUUCAUUAUUAAGGAAUCUUCCAUCUGCGGUUAACUUUGCAAAGUUGAACAUUGGCAAAGGGAACAGACUUCUAAUUUGCUGUCAUAGUGGAGAAGACAUUAGUGUCUGCAUUUGUCUGGCAAUACUUAUAUCAUUAUUCAAUGGAGAAGGACUUUUUGACAAUGGGAAAUCAUUCUCGGAGACGCCCAUCACUAAAUUGGAGAUGCGGCGCCGACUUAUAUUUAUCUGUAAAUUUGCAACAAAUGCCCGACCAUCCAGAGGAAAUCUGAAGCAAGUUUUUAAUUUUCUAAGCGGUGGAAGAAUGGAUUCAAUUUGAUGAUACCAUCUUGUCAUACUUUGGCAUCGUGGUGAUGCAGAACUGGGAAAACAAUUUUUAAUACUUGGCUUACAGGAGAAGUUUGUCUCCUAGAUAGGGAAAUUGGACCAUCUCCAUUGGAUGUUUUGCAUCUUUGUUCAGAAUCAGGUGGCCGCUCUUGGAAACUGGAUGAAGUUUCUUGGAGGUGAAAGAUGGUAGCCUUACUUUAGGGCCUCUUUGCCCCUUGUGGGCUUGGCCCAUCCACUCAACCCAAGAAAGGGAGAACGAUAUGUUCCGGUUUGAUGAAACAACACUUUCUCACCCGUAAAGUUUCAAAAUGACACUUUUCCACCCUUCGUUAGGUUUUGUUAGUGUUUUCUAUUAAUAUGUGACUAAAAAGAUGAAAAUACC